AUGGAGAAAAUAAAUCUUUCGAGUGUCUUCAGAAUUUCAGCCGCCACUGAUGGCGCUCCUGAUGUGAAAUCCUCAGAGAUGAGCUCAUUGCUUGGAAUUGGUGCUUCCAUCACACACAAAUCGAAGACUAGACUUGUGGUAACAUUCCAAUUUCAUACAACACAGACUUUGGACUUUGUGGAAAGUAGUGCGGCGCAAAUGUUGGACCAAGAAUAUCAAUUGUUGAUAGAGUUAUUUUCGAAUCUGAAGAUUGACGAUAAAAUCUUCUUCCCGUUGGAUCCCACCAAUGACAAUCUCAUGAUAUCAAAGAAGUCGACUUGCUUUAACAAGAUUACACCACCUGCGCAUCCUCGGAUGGGACUCAGCGUUCAAGCCAUGGACAAUGCGAUCUCGAGAAUGGUACCAGCUUCAGAGAAAAACAGGAGACUAUAUCGACAUGUUCAAAUGCGAAAUCAUAAAGGCAGUCUCCCGCUAAAAAGAUUUACCUUGUUCUCAAAACUUCCUGCGGAGCUCAGAGUCAAGAUAUGGCAGAUGUCUUUUGUCGGAAGAACGAUUGUGGUUGAUGAGUACCCCAGAACGAUAGAAGGAGCUGUUGAUUUUAGCAAGAAUCGUGUCAUAACAUCAAACCCAAUUCAACUUUUGAUUAAUAGAGAGAGUCGGGCAGAAGUCAAGCGACAUUACAUCUUUCAAAAGAACUAUCAAGCCACUCCGGCUGUCCAAACUCUAGGAAAGUAUAAAUCCAGGUAUCUCACGAACCGUUUUCAUCCGGAGAAUACCUUUCUACCAAGUUUUGGUAUAUAUUAUCAUCCAAGAAUAGAUGAGCUCUCGAUACUUACCUCUAGCGUCUACAAUAAUGCGAUCCUUUGGUCUCUACCAAUUUGUGGCUAUGAGCUUUAUCACUUUCGAUACAUGCAGACUAUAGUGAUUCGUGAGGCACGUUUGAGCGCCGGGGACAUCGAUUCUUUCAACAACGACCGGCACGGAACACUAUCUUUUUCUUGCUGGGGAGAUGCACGUUUUUGUCAAAUCCGGGAAAUAUUGAUAUACCCGGGUAGAUCUGUCAGAUUUACCGAAGAUAAUUUGCUCUGUACUGAGCUGGGUAGAAAGCAAAGCUUGGAAUUUCUCAACGAAAUAUUCAAAGAAGCCUAUCAGCUUGAGGAGAAGGCUGAGGGAAGUCUUCCAGCUCCCAGGAUCACCAUCUACCUUGAAGAUCCUUAA